GAUAAAUCCAGUGUUCGACUGCACAGCUCGAAACCUCAUCCCAUAGUACAGACGCGCAACCGAACUCGAUCACGCUCUACGCUCGCGCCUAUAUUCUCGAUAUUUACUCCUCGAGCCGCAGUUAUCCUUCUAGCUAGAACAGCGAGCGCAAAAUGACGUCUACAAUUGGAAUCCCCAUCAAGCUUCUCAACGAGGCGCAAGGCCACAUCGUCACGCUAGAGAUCAGCUCCGGUCAGACAUACCGUGGCAAGCUCCUCGAAGCCGAAGACAAUAUGAACGUACAGCUCAAGGACAUCACGGUGACGGCACGCGACGGGAGAGUGAGCCACUUGGAUCAAGUUUACAUUCGCGGCAGCCAUGUGCGGUUCUUUAUCGUACCAGACAUGUUGAAGAACGCGCCCAUGUUCCGAAGUCGCAACGCGAGAGGGCGGGGUGUUGGUCUGGCCCGCGGGCGAGCCACCGUCAGCAGGGCGAGGGCAAGCGGACGCGGGGGAAGGUAGACGAACGCGAUCAGGAAAGUCGUCCAUAUGAAUGUGGCAUUUCGUUAGCGUUAUUCGGGAAAAAACAGAAGCAAAGGAAG